CGAGCCCCGGCAUCGACGACAGCGACUUCGACAACCCCCCAACUCUCUCCUACCGUCCCUUUCGAGUAUCUGCCUUUCUCGACGCAGAUUCUCGCCGUUGGUCGUUCAUUCUCCCGUCGUCACAUCUGAUCGCAAUCAUGGCCGAUACUCCCAUCACCCUGCGGACACGCAAGUUCAUCCGCAACCCCCUGCUCGGCAGAAAGCAGAUGGUCGUGGAUGUCCUCCACCCCAACCGCGCCAAUGUCUCCAAGGAUGAGCUCCGUGAUAAGCUUGCCGACCUCUACAAGUCCAACAAGGACCAGGUCUCCGUUUUCGGUUUCCGCACUCAAUACGGUGGUGGCAAGAGCACUGGCUUCGCCCUCGUUUACGAUUCCCACGAGGCCUUGAAGAAAUUCGAGCCUCAUUACCGCCUCGUCCGCAUCGGUGCUGCCAACAAGAUUGAGAAGCCCAGCCGACAGCAGCGCAAGCAACGGAAGAACCGCUCCAAGAAGUUCCGCGGAACCGCCAAGACCAAGGGUCCCAAGAAGAGCAAGAACUAAGCGAGCAAGGACUGAUUCUGGUGAAAAAUUGGUGUGGAGGGGGGAAUGGACGCGGCCGGGGGCUGACUCUGCUGGAUCUGAUAAUAGCGGUGGUAUCGGUGGCGCAUACUGUUACGCCCAUUAUCAUGAACAUGACGAUAACAGGGAGAAUACGAGAGACUUGGGGAUCUCCGGGAUGAAAUUUUUAUCACCUAUUAUGUCUUUGUGUUUUCUCGACAGUAUCCCACAAAAAGAUAUUUCCAUUUUCAUCGCAGUAUUCCCCUCUCGCGUUGUCAACCGUCCAGUCAGAUGGGGUCGGGUAGCGUUCCAUGUGCUGUUAUAAUGAACCGAAAUUGAAGUUCUGCUUCGUUCUAAACUUUUCCCUGCUGGCAGACAUGGUGUCUUGCCAUGUGCUGAACAAGACCACAAUGAGAACGGCACUGUAUCCCCAUCCCUUAUAUCGUGAGGGGGAGUAGAUCGGUCAAUGCAUAGGAACUUUGCUUGAUGCAUGAUGUGCAGCGCAGUGGUUAGUCAUGCACAUGCAUAUGUGGACUACUGCUGCCAUCAACUAUUGCAGCAUAUAUGUACAGAAUAUUUGUAGUCAUUUCAGGAUGUUAGACAAUUUCAUCGAAUACCCGGUAUAUGGCUGGAUUCUGACAUCUAUGGAGAGUGCAU